CUAUAAUGGCGCAAUUUGGUGCCAAUAUGGCAUCAGGCUGGCACUGUGAUAUGCCCAGCUCGCACACCAAAUCCGCCGUCAGAAAACGGGAGAUUCGUAUCGGUUUGACGAGAGACGGAAAGUGAGAGUCCCUAUUCGCUGAAGUGACUCACAUAUUCAGCCUCAUGACAUAUCUCGAAAGCGAAGCGGGUAGUGGCGCUUUUCAGCUGCCUCUCCUACCUAUCAAGUCCAGCCUCAUGACGGAACUUGAGUUUGGAAACAUCAAGCCUGGUAGCUGUGUCUUGACUCUGGAAUCAUUCUGAUGCGUAAUGCGAUGAGAGACUCAGACGGCACUCAGGCGCUCCGUGAAACGAGUCAAAGAUGCACCAAGAUGGACCAAGAUGGACUGAUGUCGGUCUCCAGCGGCAGAAUGAUCGCUCAGUACCGUCAGACCAGGCAUUGAUCAAGGCCGGCGAGCUUCGUAUACGCUGGAAAGGGGUUGACGUGAGUUGCCGCGAAUGGUCAGUCCUGCAAGGGAACACGGCUCGGACACACGAGGCCAUUCAAGGUUGCUCUGUGACAUUAUAUCGUCAAGAAUUGCCUCAGGCUGUACAGAGUCGUCACACAGUAUGGUUUCCCAGUAUGGAGGGGAAUGCCAUCAGAUCCAGGAUAAGAGGAAGAAAGGAGAUUAACGUUGCUGAAAGAUGAACGGGCAUGGAGUAAAAUGAGAGUGCAGGCAAGCAGAGUCGUGGUGCAAUGAUUCAUACGCAGCGUUCCGCUUCUUGCGACCUCACCGUUGCACUUCUUGAUCGACUAAUGCGGGUCAAAUCCAAGAUCAUACCAGAUUGAUG